AUGACUUCAAAUAUCUUACUUUUACUUCAUCCUACUACAGUAACUGAUGAACAAUUAGUAAUUAAUAUCAAAAAUGAAAUAAAGAUAACUCGUUCAAAUUUUAGUUUAGAUCAACAUAUUAUAAAUAGAAUUACCCAGGGUGAUAUAAUAUUGAAUAAUAAUUAUUAUGAUGAAAUUAUAUACAUAAAUCCAAACGAUGAUAAGGAGAUUCCAGCUUCAUUGAUUCAGUUAUUACAUGAUUUAUUAACUUUUGAUGGAUGUUUAAAAGGAGAUUUAUCAAAGAAUCAAGAUUUGGAUUUUUUAAUGACUGGGUUUAUGAUAAAUGAUGGAAAAUGGACAAAACAAGAUCUUUCAAAAGAAAAAACAACAGUAUUGCAGAGAAAGAAAGGGGUUGAGAGAAAAAUUUCACCAUUUAAAAAAUUAAAUGAUUCAGAAUAUACAUUUAAUAAAAGUCCUUCUACUGAAUCAGAUGAUUAUACUUCAAAAAGAUUAAAUUAUUUUUCAGAUAAUUCUUCAGAUGAAUCAGAUGACUCUGAUUAUAUCGCAGAAGAUGCUUUAAUCAAAGAUUUCAAAUCUGAAAAUAUUAUCAAAUUAAAUACAGAGAAGUGCAGUAAAAAAAGACGUAAAGCCUGUAAAGACUGCACCUGUGGUUUAAAAGAAUUGGAAGAACAAGAAGAAAAUAAUCAAAGAACUUUACAAGAUUCAUUACUAGCUAAAAUGGCCAUGUCAGCUAAUAAUGAAGCUGAAUUAAUUGAACAAAAAAUGAAGUCAAGAAUUCAAUUUCGAGAAAGUGAAUUAUCAGAAAUUGAUUUUACAAUCGAAGGUAAGACUGGAGGUUGUGGCUCUUGUGCUUUAGGUGAUGCUUUUCGAUGUGAUGGUUGUCCUUAUUUAGGUUUACCUCCAUUUAAACCAGGUGAAGUUAUAACUUUAGAUGGAAUUGGUGAAGAUAUUUAA